AAUCUCAAACAGCACAGAAAUGGGUGUGUGCUGCUACUACUAACAGCUGUUCAGCGUAACAAUAUGUAAUUACGCUCAACAAACAAUGUAUUUUAUUUGAAUGCCGUGUCAAACAUACUUAAACUCCACCCAGAGUACCUCAGUUUAUUGGUACUUACUGAACAGUUUGAAGCUCCAGUCUGCUGCUAACAGUGAACGCCGAAACAAUGGGACGGCUAUCGGAUUGUUUUUCGGAGUUCAUGUUCGAGUAUGACACCCCGAGAAUGGUGCUCGUGAGGCACAAGAAAGUGGGAAUCGUUUACCGACUGAUUCAGCUGAUUGUCCUGGCUUACAUUAUUGGGUGGGUGUUUAUGUAUGAGAAAGGAUACCAGUCAGUGGACAGUGUAGUCAGCACGGUGUCAGUGAAAAUGAAGGGAAUAGCGUACACCAACGAGAAGAACAAUUCCAGAAUCUGGGAUGUGGCUGAUUAUGUAUUCCCUCACCAGGGCGUCGGCUCCUUUGUGGUGAUGACUAACUAUAUCGAGACUGCUGGUCAGAAGCAGGGUAACUGUACCAAGGAUGGAGUUUGUAAAUCUGACAGUGACUGUGAAAAGGGAAAGUCGGUGGAGGGAGAAAAAGGAAUUUUGACUGGAAAAUGUGUUGAGUACAAAGGCACCUUAAAAACAUGUGAAAUCUUUGGGUGGUGUCCUGUGGAAAACAACCACAUUCCUGAUCCACCCCUUUUGAUGGCAGCUGAAAACUUCACAAUGUUUAUCAAGAACGCCAUCACGUUCCCCCGCUAUGGUGUUUCCAGGUCAAAUGUAGUGCAGUUUAAUAAAUCGUGCAUCUAUCACAAAGACACAGACCCCCUGUGCCCUAUAUUCAGACUGGGGGACCUAGUCGCGAUGGCUGGGUUUGAUUUCAGAAAGAUAGCAGUGAAGGGUGGGAUGAUUGUCAUUGGAAUUAUCUGGGACUGUGACCUGGAUUGGAGUGCUAGUCAUUGUAAUCCAACUUUCAAUAUCCACGGCCUGUACGGAGAGGACAGCCUGUCAACCCCCGGGUAUAACUUCAGGUUUGCAAAAUACUUUAUGGAGGACAGGACUGAAAAGAGGACUCUGGUGAAAGUGUUUGGGAUCAGAUUUGAUAUUAUCGUGCACGGGAUGGCAGGUAAAUUUGACAUCAUUCCAACCAUGACAACAAUAGGCUCUGGAGUGGGGAUUUUUGGAGUGGCAACUGUAUUAUGUGAUCUGUUGCUGCUUCACUUCAUGCAGAGACGGAAUGUCUACAAAAGUCUGAAGUUUAAAUCCACAGAGGACGAGGGUGAGGCACAGAUGAUCACUGUAGAUGGAAGUGAAAACGCAACAAGGGAAUGAUGGAUCAAUAAGGCUGGCGAGCCAGAGAGCCCAGGCAGUGUCUCAGAUUGCACUGAUAUACUCAACGUUGGGUUUAUUGACUAUUAAAGACACUGGGAAGCACUUCUGAAUGAAAACCCAGCCCUUCUGGGAUGCAGAUGAACAGCACAGUGCCUUGGCUCUGCAACAGGGACCACACACUGUAUAGUCUGUAUUCAUGAUUGUGGUUUCUGUUUCAGACCUGUGCAGUACUGCAAGUACAAACUACUGUUUUCUUUCUAGAAUUGUAAUAUAGUGAGCACUCAGAUACAUGUCGGUCAUGUUUUACCAUCCUUUUAUUAAGAAACAAAUCAAUUUCCAUGAUAUAUAUAUCAUGCAACAAAUUAAUGCACUUACCCGUCACAUGCGACUUCUGACUCCAUCACCAGUUUCCUGAUACAAAGCCCAUCUCUUCAAUGUUACAAUUUAUUUGAUUAUCCAUCACAGCCCGCGUCUGUUUCUCUUUAUUGUGCAGUUACACUGCGCUUCCUCCAGUUUCACCUGAUGAAAAUGCAGCCAAAACAAAGCGAACGAGACCAGCUAGUGUAAUGUAAAACAGUUAAUCAUUAAACAGUUUCAGAUACUGUGAUGUAUUUUUUUUAUUAUUUUUUUUUAAAUCUUAUCUUUUGUGCAUUUUCAUUUGCAAGUGAACUGUGACAUUAGGGCUUAAUCGAGCACCAUAUUCUGCAAUUUUGAAUAUUGACUUUGGAUACUGUUUUAAUUCUGG